UUGACUUCAGAGUCUGCUAGAUUAUUUUAAAACCAGUUCAGUUAUUACUUGUUUUAUUCCAAGAGCAAAUGCCAUUAUUUGUACAGAUACUACACUUUUUACAAUUUUAACCAAACUGAGCAAUGCCCUUAUUUUGCUUUUUUUGAAAAGCAAAGUCUAGUUUGGCUGAUAGAAAUGUAUGAUUGUUACAUAUUGGGCUCUGAAGCAAAAGUAAAAACAGGCAAUGAUGUAGAAGCAGAUCUUCUGCAGAGGCAGUGUUUAGCCACACUUUUACAUCAUAGAAUCAUACAUUUUGGCAACCUGUUGUUUUGGGCAGAACUGUUUUUAGACUAAUGAGAAAUUUUUGAGUUCUAAAACUUGAUGUAAAUAGGGCUUGUAAAGAUGUUAUAUCUAACUUUGUGUUUCCAUGUUUAGAUGUGAAAUCAGUCUUUAAACACUUUGAGGAAGGAAGGUCACUGCAUCUAAAAUGAAUCUCAGUGAAGACAGAAUGGAGGAGAAUUCUAAAUCUAAAACAAGUCUCUGCAGGAAAACAGAAGAGUCUGGUGCUGAUCUGCACCAGAUGCCAAGAGGAUCAUCUCCAGAUCUUAGCCGUGUGUCUGUAAAGUCUGAAAACUCCAUGCAGUUUGAUAUACCUAAAUUUACUGAUGAAGCUAUGACCACUGAAGUCAGGAAAAAGAGAAAAAGAGAAGCAUCACCAGGACCUAGCUGUGUGUCUGCAAAGAGUGAUGACUCAAUGAAGAUCAAUCUUUCUGCACGCAGUGAUACAAACAUGACCUCUGAUCCCUUCAGUGGGUUGGAAUACUGCCUGACUAAGAAAAGGAAGCAAAAAAUAGACUCCAAACAAAAGCUUGGAGAGACAGAGGAGACAGAAAACCUGCAUCAGCAUUCUUACCAACCAGGAGAAGAUGUUUUUCAAAAAGUCAAAGUUCAACACAAAAACAGCAUGAAGAACAGGUAUGAGAGAUUGUUUGAAGGAAUCGAACUACAAGAGACUCAAACCCUCCUGAACAGGAUCUACACACAGCUCUAUAUCUUAGAGGGAGAAAGUGUAGGGGUCAAUAAAGAACACGAAGUUUUACAGAUGAAGAACACAACUAGAACACAACACUCACAAGACAUUCCAAUUGAAUGCAAUGACAUUUUUAAAACCUCACCUGAACCAGGAUGUGAGGAGAAAAAUCAAAUCAAGACUGUUCUUACUAAAGGCAUUGCUGGAAUUGGAAAAACCGUCUCUGUGCAGAAGUUCAUUCUGGACUGGGCAGAGGGAAAAGCCAAUCAGGAUAUCGAUUUCAUGUUUGUGCUUCCAUUUCGAGAGCUGAACUUGAUCCAAGAUCAUCAGUACAGUCUUCACAGACUUCUGUUGGACUUUCAUCCUGAACUUCAAGUUCUGGAUUCAAAGGUUUAUGAGGAGAGUAAAGUUUUGUUCAUCUUUGAUGGUCUGGAUGAAAACAGAAAUAAACUGUUGUUUUUGGACAGAGAGACAGUUUCUGAUGUGACUAAGAUUUCAUCAGUGGGUCUGUUGAUUUCAAACAUCCUGAAAGGAGAUCUGCUUCCCUCUGCUCUCAUCUGGAUCACCACCAGACCAGCAGCAGCCAAUCAGAUCCCCUCUAACUACAUCAACCGUGUGACAGAAAUUCAGGGAUUCAAUGAGCCUCAGAAGGAGGAAUAUUUCAGGAAGCGAAUCAGUGACCAGCAUCAAGCCAAUAGAAUCAUCUCACACAUUAGAAAAGCAAGAAGCCUCCACAUCAUGUGCCACAUCCCUGUCUUCUGCUGGGUCUCAUCCACUGUGCUUCAACAGCUCCUGAAUGAUGAUCUGAGUGCAGAAAUUCCUCAAACUUUGACUGAAAUGUACAUCCACUUCCUGCUGAUUCAGAUCAACAUGAAGAAUCAGAAGUAUAAAAAAGAAAUCCAGAGAAACCCCUGCCAUCCAACAGAGAAGUGAUUAUGAAACUUGC